AUGGCGCUGGUGCUGGGCGUGCGCUGGGCCUUUGUGGGACCCACGACGUGCGAACGAGAAGGAGUGGUGCGGCGGAGUAAGGCAGAGGGUGCACCAGAGCCUGCCAGCUUGGAGGCUGGGACUUUGGAAGUCAUCGGAGAGAAUACUUCCGCCGCGGUGCGGCUCCUGUACUCUCCCGGCGUCCAGUCCUUGUUGGCCUUACUCAGCAAGUUGCAGACCACCUCGGAUGGAUCUGGCACGUGCUUGCAAUCGCUGCUUCAGAACAUCCCGAAGGUGUUGGAGAACGUGAGCGAGCAGGAGAUCCCCAGCGAUGUGGAGUCUGACUUUGAAGAUGCCUUGCAGGAGUUGGCCAACACCUUCAACCUUACAGAAAACAUUGACCUCGACAACACUGAGAUCAAAGUCGAGGCUACUGUCCUUCAGAGACUCAGCCGCUUGAGGCUUGUCCAGCGGAUCCCGGAGAUGGCGGAAAGGAUGGCUCCCUUUGAGGUGUUUUUUCCGGCCAGCUUGGCUGAAAAGAGCGCCGUGCCCCAGACGGAGCUGCUGCAGGCGCUGCGUGCCGCUGCCAAGGACGUGCAAGAGGCGCAGCCCUCAACCUGGUCCACGGGUGCCUUUGAGGAAGCCGCCGAGCUGGUCGAACGGAACCCGGUGAUCAAGGAGGUGGGUGAGGCCUUGACGAAGAACAUCGAGGAAAGCAUUGCAGACUUUUAUGGCACAACCACUGCGGCUGCCUUUGGCUUUUUGCUCUUCCAGCUGCUCUUCCUGGGGUUGCUUUUCGCCGCCUGCUGCGGACCCUUCCAAGGAGGCGGUCCAACGGCUCCCACAGGCGAUCCCAACCUUCCUCUCUACACUUUGGGUGGCACCUUUGGCGGCUGA